AUCGGGCUGUAGAUGGUAGUAUCAAAUAUGUUGAGUCAGUCAGAAGUUUACAUACAAAAAGCUCAGUUUAUUUAGUUGUUGUUUUUUGUUUUGUUUUUUUUAUACUAAACAUUUUUUUUCACUAAACUUUCACCAGUUGUGUAAUUUCAUCAUGAACCUGUUAAACAACUUUGAACUUUUUAAAGAUCUCAUGUAUGGUCUGUCAUAUAUUCUCUACACUGAACAUUUUUUAUAUAUGUAUAAAAAAAAAUCCAUAACAUUAAAGUACAUAAACAUGAGCCUUUUCUUGGUUUAUUUAAUUUAGCAAAUUCAUAACAGAUCAAAUUCACGAGAAUUUGAUCUUUCAGCUGUAGAAAUGAGUUUCUAUAACUGACCACGUUACUCUGUCCGCUCACAUUCACACACACACACGUCGCUAGGCAGCUUGGGGCCAGCUGCCCUGCUCAGGGGCAAGUUGACAUCAAACCCACAACCUUCCACUUCCAAGACGACUACAGACUGAGCAACGAUGGCUUGCGUCAGAAUUUCUUUUGAAGUCUUUUCUCGUUUGUUUUAAUGUGAAGGUUUGUGCUAAUGGUUGGUUUUAUUCUAUUUUAUCUUUCUCACCAGGGAUGAAAGAUAUAUUUGUGGCUUUAAAAUAAUCUGUUUUACUUGAGGGGCAUUGUGUACCUUUGUUCUGGAACUACAGUAUAUUUAGAGAAAGUCUCUGGGUUUUUCUUGAACAUAAUUAGUAAACUACUUCUUCUAGAAAAGUCGUAUUGAAGUCCAUUCAUCAUAACGAGCUGAACCAGAGCAGGUAAAGACAACAUGGUCUCUCCAAGGUGAAGUGUGGAAGAAGAACCGGAUGACACGCACCGAAGCACAGAGGGAGGGACUGGGUCACUAUGGAAACCACUCUGACUGUUCUGAGAAGCAGCAAAUUGAGGCGAAAGCUGAAGCGCUCCAACUGUGUGAACGUCUGCUGAUUCCUGCUGCUGUUUGCCGACGACCAGGAGGCGUUCUGCCUGAGGGAAGUCCACUUUGGUUCUGCUUGGUAUUCUGUGUUGAACUCUUAAGAAUUUGGAAUUUUUUCAUAUUUUUUUUCCCAUCUUGGGAGCUGAUGAGCAGCAGAUGGACCUGGAGCUGUAGGGUCAGCUUUCUCCUGAGAUCAGGUCAACAACAGGUCACUGACAUGGGCAUCCACAUCCAAGACGGCGCACAGGUGUGAAAACUACAAACAAUUCUCCUGAUGGAUUCCUGGAGAUGAGCUAACCUAGCUUCAUCCCGCCCAUGUCAUCCAGAGCUGAAGAGUUUCCAGACAUCAGUGCCACUAUGCUCCAGGAUGUCCUUAGCUCCUCGUCUCCUUCCACUUCCCCCAUGACUCCUCCAGCUUCAUCCUGCAGUAUUAAUGAAUCUUAUAAGUACAUCUUCCUCCCCAUUUGUUACUCUUUUACCUUCAUAUUUAGCAUUACUUUGAAUUCUAUCAUCCUCUACCGUUCCUUCCGUCAAGCCAAGCGCUGGAAUGCUUCCCUCAUAUACAUGGUCAACCUGGCCUCCACAGACUUUAUGUAUGGACUGUCUUUGCCAUUUCUUGUGGCUAGUUACAUAAUGCGUGACCGCUGGGUGUUUGGGGACUUCAUGUGCCGCCUGGUUCGCUUCCUCUUCUACUUCAACCUCUAUUGCUCCAUCUUCUUCCUCACUUGCAUUUCUGUUCACAGAUACCUGGGUAUCUGCCACCCGAUAAAAGUGAUCACCCUGGAGACCAAGAGAGCUGUCAAGAACACUUGUGUGUUGGUGUGGAUCGUGGUGUUCGCUUUGACUUGCCCUAUUUUCCGGUUUGCCCAGACAAGCUAUGUGACCAGAAUGGCAGAAACGUGGACCAAUGCAAGUAAAACUAUUUACAACAAGAGUCACAACAUACCAUCAUCAAGGGGCAACAUCAGCUAUAAUAGCCUGGGAUUGCCCCAUGAGGAAUACCAGAACUGUUGGGACGAUGCCAUAGACAAAGAAUUUCUUGACUACAUUCCCUAUGGGAUUAUUCUACAUUUAAUUGGCUUUUUUUUACCCUUUUUCAUAAUUGCUUGGUGUUACUCUCGUGUCGUCCUCACCAUAUUUAAGACCCUGCAUUCCCAACCCUCGUACCGCAAAGGACCCAGAAAUAGUAACAGCGAGGUUGUGGAGAGAAGAGGCAGAAGUGGCUCUGCAGCAGGUGGAAGAGGAAGCAACGGCUUGUUAAGGGGGGUAGAAAAGGAUGAAGAGAUUUCUGUUUUCCUGGGAGCUCGUUCUCCGUAUGCGAGCCGCAGACGUAAAUCCAUCAGGACCAUCAUCACCAUCACCUUGCUCUUUGCUUUGUGUUUUUUCCCCUUCCAUGUGACCAGAACCAUCUUUCUGCUGCUGAAAGUCACCGGGAAAGUUCCCUGUGAAACCAUGACGACAGUGUCGAUGUGCUAUAAGGUGACACGGCCGCUGGCGUCCUUCAACGCGUGGCUAAAUGCGCUUCUAUAUUUUCUGACCAAAGACAAGGUGGGAGCUCACUGCUGUCCAGCAGGGAGAACUAAAAGCCCACAGCAGGCUGGACCGCUGCUGCCGCUGAGAAUGAUGGGAAAAGGAGACGGUCCAGUUGGGGAAACUAUGGGAGUCCAGAUUAACAACGAGGAAGAGAAAGAAUUUCACCACCUGUCACACAAAAACGUAUGAUAAAAAACACUGAACGAUAGAUAGAUAAGUAGAUAGGUUGACUGAAUGAAAUAGUGCCAAAGCUAUUAACACAAAUACUGUGUGUCAUCUCUUGCUAAAUGAUAUUGAUGAUGGUAUAAAUUACACAAAUAAUACAUUUUUAAACAUGCUGUUUAUCAUCACACAGCUCAACUUUGUAGUUAUUUACAUUUGUAUGAUGUUUAUACUAUUAUGGAAGCUGCAGUUUGUGUGUGACCAUUUAAAGAGAGCAGGAAUAUUAAACUGAACGAGUUCAAGCAUCACAGAAAUCUAACGUUGUCUUGGUCUCACCUUUUUUAACCCUUUGGCGGAGGAUUUUAAAAAAUGAUUUCAUCAAAAGAUCAUCUGGAGAUAAGUUAUUGCUGGGACAUAACAGCUCCAGAAAAUCCCUACCACUCUUUUAGAUGCAGAGAAGACCGUAGAGAAAUAUGACUGUAUUUACCUAUCUUUCCAUUCAUGCACAGGAGAAGAGCAAACACACCAGGCAAGGCACGUUUAUUUGCGUAGAGGGAAAUUCAAAGUGCUGCACAGCAAGAACAACGGAAAAGAAAUUGGGGGGGGGGAAAGCGUGAUACUUAAAAAGACAGAGGAAGUAUCGUGAGUUAAAAGUCAAACUAAAAUUAAGCAAAUCAAAAUCUGAAACAAGACAGCAUCGCUGCUGUAAAGCAAUCUUUGGCUUUCAUGGAAAAAACAAUUGUAAACAAUAAUGUUUUCAGCCCUGAUUUAAACACUUUCUGAACAUCUCAGGCUUUGCUGGGAUUCCAGAAAAUGUAUAUUUCCUAUUAGUCAUUUAGCCUGAAUCAGCUGGCUGAUUGGGGUUUUUUUUCUCUCUUCUUCUUCUUCUUUAUAGAGAUCUGGAUAGAACCUAAUUUAUUGAAAAUGUCUUCUGUGUCAUCCUCUUGGUGAAAAACUAUCUAGUCUUGCAAUAGCAGACAGCAGGGUGACAUUUAGUUGUUGCAGUUCAGGAUCCAGGAUGUGUUUUUCUCGCUCUGUGGUCUUUAGCAACUUUGUUUUGGUUUGUUUUUUCAUUAAGCUGGACAAAAUGCCAUCCCAUCCACUAAUGGACAUUUUGUUUCUAAAUUUAAACAAUUUGUGCUAAGUUUGGAUUAAUAAAACAAGAAUAGAAAAACAGCAGGUUGUUUGGUCCAUUGUUUGGUUUGAUUUUUGUCUAUUUAGCAAACAAACUCAGUUAUUAAGAGAAUAAAUAUAUAAAACUUCUUAUUUGACUGAAGCCUUCUCCUCUACAUAUUUACUCUGACAAACAACCUGCAGGCUGUCGGAACGUAUGAGACAUUUAUCUGUUUUAUCUGUUCUAGUUUUUGUUUGUUUGUCCAGCAUCUUGGUAAAUUUGGUCAAAUUUUUACUCUCUCACUUUGAUUUAAGAAAUCUUUGCGAUUUUCAUAUCUCAUUGUUUGUGCAACAGACGUUGAGCACCAGAUCCAAUACAAACACUUACAAACAGAUAAGCAAAAAUGUUUGGCACUUAAAAUGUUCCAGUUUAGUUGAGACUGUCUGUCUAAUAAACAGCGAAAUGUUGUUGUGCUAGAAACUCAUUUCUGUCUCACACUUUCAGCAAUCCACUAUGAUUAUUAAUUUUGUCUUUUUAAUCCAUCGUUCUUCUUCACAUUGCAGCUGGUCGGUGAAACAACUGACGGACUAUCAGUGCCAGCAUAAACACUGACUUGCAAAUGAACCUCUCAACCCUUGAAGAUUUGAACAUAAUAAUCACAAACUGCGGUCAUAUUCAGUAUAUCAGAGUACAUGUUCCAGUGAGGUUCAUUUUGAACGUUAAAACUUUGAAUCAGGUUUUAAACAGACUUUUAUUUUCUGUAGCCCACAUUUCUGUAUUCAAAUAUUUUUGAUUGCUCUGAUUUUACAUGCGCUGUCUGUCUAUAAUGAUAUGUUCUCUUUAUCUGUAAGUGGAAAAUCAUCAUAAUUAACAGAAAUAAAGGCUUGAAAACAUUGUUCUUUGUGUAAUUAAUCUAUGUGACGUUUCAGUUAGUGAACUUUACCGAAACAGCUUUUCAAAAAAUUACUCUAAUUUAUUAAAUGGAUCUGUAUGUGGAGCUG